AUGGGUAAAAACAAGAAAAAACAAAAUAGUAAUGGGAAUGGGCAUAAUGCUAAGGCCAAUCUAGAAAAGAAUGGGGAUAUCAAAGAAGAAGAAGUUGACAAAAAAUCUGGAACAUCAGAGAUUCAAGCAUCAGUUGACUCACUUACAAUAGAAGAAGAAGAAGAACUUACAAAGGAUUUAUCAUCUUCAGAUCAACCUAUCGAAAGUAAUGGGAAAAGCAAUAAUAUACAAAAUAAUUCUAAAGAGUCUGAAGACGUAGUGCUAUCUCAAAAACUAAAAGAAUUAGAGGAGGAGAAAGAUAAGAUACAACAAGCAUAUGAUUCAUUGUAUAGCAAACUAUCUGGAACUAAGGCUUAUUUUCAAAAAAUGAAGGAAAAUGAAGAACAACUAGAACAAUCUUUGGAGGAGUUAACCAAAGAAAAUGAAGAAUUGAAAAUUAAAAAUACCAACUUAAGUAAGUCAUUAGUAGCACAAACCAAGAAUAAAGUUGAUUCCUCAGAACUAAAAAUUCUUCAAGAACAAAAUAAUGAUUUGAAUAAUGAAUGUGAAAAACUAAGUGAUGCAUUAACCAAAAGUAGACGAGAGUAUACAACAACUAUACAAGAAUUACAAGAUGAAAAAUAUAAUCUAGAAAAUCAAAACUCAAAACUAUCCAAAAACAUACAUGAAUUAAAACAAGAAAUCAAUGAACUUACAAUAGCUCAAGGAGAAUUUAAUAUAGAACAAAAAAAUUAUACUAAUGAAAUUAAUGACUCUAAAGAAAAAUUAGAAUUAAAAGAAAAAGAUUUACAAAAAUAUGUUGAAAAAUUAAAUGAAAUUAAUAAUUUAAUAACUACGAAUGAAGCUGAAUACAAGCUCGAGAAAUCAAAUUUAGAAUCAAAAGUGUAUACUUUGGAGAAAUCAAUUGAAGAUCACAACUCCACAAACAAUGCAUUAAAAGAGGAGCUUGAAACCAAAAACGCAAAACAAAUGGAAUUGGAAAAAGAAGUUGCAAAAAUACAGGACCUAAAGACAGAAAUUAAUAAUAAACAAUUACUCAUAGGAAAACUACGUCAUGAAGCUAUCAUACUAAAUGAACAUUUAACAAAAGCAUUAACAAUGUUAAAACAAGGUGGAGAUAGUUCAAACAAAUCAGUUGACAGAGAAUUAAUUUCAAAUGUAAUAAUUAGUUUUUUGCAAUUCCCAAGAGGUGAUUCCAAAAAAUUUGAAGCAUUACAAUUAAUAAGUGCAUUAUUAGAAUGGGAUCAACUGCAAAAAGUUGCUGCUGGCUUACAACAUAUUCCGAAUCAAAAAGGCGCUACAGGACAAAAUAAAUUCGAUGUUGAUGGUAAUGAAAUUCCUCAAAGACAAAGUUUUGUAUCAUUAUGGACUGAAUAUUUAGAAAAAGAAUCUAGUAAAAAAUGA